AUGCCUCGUCUCUACCAUAGGUCUCAGCUCGCGCUGCAUAUCAAGCGGGCCAUUUGUGCCCAUCAACAGGCAAACCCUCUGCUGCGCCACGUGGACCUCGCACGUUGGUGUUUCACGCGUUUUGGUGUGAGGCCCGACCGUUCGACCAUUGGUCGCGUUCUCAAAGGCGCCGACCGAUGGCACGUUCCUGAUGACGCCGUGGACGCCAUUCGCGUCCGCGGCGGGGCAUACCCCGAACUGGAGCGCUCGAUGGCACGCUGGAUUUCAAAUGCAGGCCCCGCUGGCGUCCCUCUCACCCUCGCCACUAUUCGCGACCAUGUUGCGACGAUGGCGCGUGCGAACAGCGCUCCGCCGACUUUCCGUUGCUCCAUCGGCUGGGUCCGCCGUGCGCUGCGCCGCCAGGGAGUACGGUGCAUGAGCGCGGUCGGCGAGGCGGCCGACCAGGAUCUGAACGCAGUGCGCACCACUAAGGAGAAGCUUCCUCAGCUUCUCAUGCAUCUCGGCGUGCGCCCGCGUGAUACUUUCAAUUUCGACGAGACUGCGCUGUACAUCAGCGUGCUUCCUCGCAAAACGUACGGCACGGGCAGGUCGGCAGGGCGGAAGGUUCCGAAGGACCGCCUUACCGUCGGCUUCUUGGUUAAUGCGGACGGGACGCACGCAUUCCGUCCGCUUGUCAUCUCCAAGGCUAAGCGGCCACAUGAUUUCAGGCCGGACUUCGACCCCGAGGAGUAUUGCUACUGGCGCAACACCGCUAAGGGGUGGAUGACCAAAGCCCUGGACACCGCCAUGUACGCAGAGGGCCGCCAAGUCGUCGUGCUGCUCGACAACGCGAGCAGUCACACCCUGACAACCGAGGGCGCAGAAACCGAGGACCUCUUCGGGUUCCGCACGCGAAAGCUCAGUAACGUGCGCCUCGUCUACCUGCCGCCGAACACCACCUGCUUCACGCAGCCACUCGACCAGGGGAUGAUCGCCAUGACGAAGGCGCGGUACCGCCAGCACUGGCUCCGCGCCUUCACCGGCAUGUGGACUGCUGACGGCGCGACUUCCGCGGCGGCAAGGUUCAAGCCGAACCUCCCGCUGCUGGUGGCGCACCGAGUGCCUACCCGGGCGUGGGCGAUGGAACUCCCGCACGUGGAACAGAGCGGCGACCCACAAGUCCAGGCUGGGGGUGACAUUGGCCUGGACGAGGAGUUGAACGACGUAGGCGUCUUAAUCGAUCGUCUCGGCCUCGGGCCGUCCGCGCUACCUGCGGCAGAGUUCGUCGGAAUUGAUGACAACCAGCCGACGUGCGCCGAGCCGGGCGAGGACCCCCUGGCGCGGGAGCCGGCGUCGGCGCAGACGGCGCAUAUGUGGGAGGCGCCGGCGGCGAUGCAAGCGGUGUACGACGAUAACAACCCUGCGACGCGCGAAGCUCGUCGCACUGCACGCGCCGCCUGCGAGAUGCUCAUUGGGUACGCGCGUGCGACGUGCAUCACGCCGAGGGAUUUGUGCGCGCUGUUUGACAUCCGCAACCCCAUGAUCAUCGCGCGGAUGGAGCGCGCAAGCCCGGCACUUAACCUUAACGCUACUCCGCCGCCAACGCCGACACACGAGGACACCCCGCCGGCAGAGACUCCACGUCGCCGCGGUCGCCUUCUGCCGGCAUGGAUGACGGUGCCGACCCCUGACUGGUCGUUCGACGUUCGUGCGCGUAGACAACGGCAGCGGGCGGCCUUUUCUUGCGGAGAUUGGGUGAGCGCGGGUCUGUGCCACUGGAGGUGGGGGGACGCGGCGACCACGGCGGAGAUUUCCGCUCGCGAUCAUGGAAGCGCCAGCGUUCCGCGCGAGUGGGGGGAAGUGCUCCUUCCGCACGGCGAUCGCGGAAUUCCGCCUGGCGGGAGCGAGGAGAGAGCGGAUGCGGCACCAGCCAGACCCGACAGCCAUGCGAAGAAGAAACCGCCAUCGCUAGACGAAACCCCCGUUGGUUUCGAGCCGAGCCAAGCAUCGCGGGAUAAGGCGCGAGUCGCAUCUGAAGAGGCGGGCGGUCCGGUUUGCGCUUUGGACGAGAACAGCGCGUUACGGGAUGGGAGGGUUGCUGUGAGCGCCGCGCUUGAUUUGCGAGAAGAAGCAGCAGGCUGCGCGAGUGUUUGCGAAGCGGUGUGCCCGCCGGGCGACGAGUGUGCGAUGGAGUGCGAGUGCGCGAAGGCGGUGAAAGCCCACUCUUCGUCGUCGCAAUCCUCUACUCUGACGGCGGCAGGUGCGACAGCUGCGACAGCUGCGACGGGUUCGGCAGAUGCGGUGGAUGCGAUGGAUGCGACGGAUGCGACGGAUGCGACGGAUGGGAACGCACUAAACCCUACGAGCGCAUGGAACGCUUUGGUAGCGUCAGGCAAUGAGGCAGUACGUGGUGGUGAUGGUAGCAGGAGCAGCAGUAGCAGCAACAGCACGGUCAUCGCUCCUUCCGCGUCGCCCUCUUUCCCUCCGCCUGUCCUCCGCGCGCCUUGUGUUCCCGCUGCGCAGCUUUCGCUCGCGGAAGAGGCGGGCGGGGCGCAUGAGCGGGAAACAGAUGCGCAAGAUGCUUACGGUACAACGGCGCUUCGUGAUGCGCGGGCGGCGCUGGAUUUGGGAGGCGGAGGGGGCUGGGCAGGUCACGAGGGGGAGGAAGAAGGGGGAGCGGCGGAGCGGCAAGCCGGGGAGGUGGUGUGGCGCGAGUUGGGAGCUGUCUGGGUUGCGGAGGAAAGGGGCGGAGUGGAGGAUGAGCAUACUUUGAGUGUGGAAAGUUCGUGGCGCAAGAGGCAGCGGGGGUUAAGAAGGAAGGCGAUGCGGGUUGGCAAUGGGGGAGAGAUGCUGACUGAGAGAGAGGGGAGAAUUCCGUUGAAGAGAGGGGAGAGGAGGGUGGGGAGGAGUGAGGAAAGGCGGAGAGGUAUACCGGAAGACGCAGAGGCAGGGGAAGCGGAGGAGGAGGAGGAAGGGAAAGAGAGGGUGGAGGAAAGGGAAGGAGCGGCGGUUCAGAUGUCUAGAAAGCGGAGGCAUGCGGUUGAAGGCGGGCGCGUUGUUGGGGGAUCCAGGCACACCGCAGUGAAGCCAUACCCUGAAGAGGGGUGUGGAGCGGAGAGGUUGCGUGGGAAUGCGGAAGGUCAGCCACACCGCAAGAAGCAUGCGGGAGGCAAGAGUGUGCGUGUGAUCCGGGGGCCCCCUUCACAACAGCCGCUCUUGGCGAAGUGCCAGGUGGCACUUGCUCACGCACAGGAGGGGAGGAAGGCAGCGAGCAUGCGCGUGGGGAGGGAGAUUCGCAGUGAGCCAAAGGCAGGCGCGGUGGGAGGCGAAAGGUGGGAAGCUGAUGAUGAGGUGGUGGAGGUGCCUGUAACGAGGAUUGCGUGUGGGCAGAGAGGGGGAGCAGCGGUGCCAGUGGCAGGUGGUGGAGAAGGCGCGGAAGAAAUGCGUGCAGCUGUGUUGGCGAGGGGAAGAUUCGCCGACGAGGUUGCAAGAGAUGGUUCGCAGCAGCCGAAGAUGGACGAUCUGUGCGGGUCUGGGACUGCUGCUGCUGCCGCCGCCGCUGCUGCUGCUGCUCCUGCAGCAGACAGUGAAGGCAGCAACGCUGACAGUCUUGGCGGGAGUGAGAGAGAGAGCGGGAGUGGGAGAGGGAGAGAGAGGCGGGCCAUUCACGCCCUGGAUUGUACGCUGGAUGACCCUCUGCUUCUUGCAGCCAACCACCUGUGCGGCUCGCCUAAGAACUUUCAGCUGCCACUGGCGCUGACACAGGGGCUGGGGGCUUGGGCGGGAAGAGGCAGUAGUGACAAGUGGUGUGCUCAGGAGGUGAGGUGUGCAGGCGAAACGGGCAUGGGGGACGUGCAUGGGAGGGCGAGAUUCAGGAGGGCAUGUCGUGCGUUCAGGAUGAAGGGUGAAGCUGGAGGCGUUUGUGAGCGGGAGGAGGACAAGGAUGAGCAUGUGGGUGGAAUGGUGGGUAAGAGGGUGGAGGAGGACGAGGAGGAGGAGAAGGAAGAGGUGGAGGAGGAGGAAAAGGAGGAGGAGGAGGAAGAGGAGGAGGAGAAGGAGGAGGAGGAGGUGGUGGUGAUAGAAGUGAUCGUACUUUCAGACGAUGAUUCUGACGAGGACGAGGAGUGUGAGGGGCAAGAGGAGGAGCAAGAGGAUGCUGAUGCUGGUGAGGAUGGUGUGGUGGAGGUGAUGAUGGUUAAUAGGGCAGCAGCGACUUACCAGGAGCGUUUCCAGCAGCGGCUGAGAGGGAAGGCGGCACGAGGGAAGGGCGAUGAUGCACAGAACCAGGCUGAUCGACUCAAGGAAUUCAGCACAGCUGGUAGUGACGACGAGGGAUGGGAGGACAGUGCAGGUGAGGAUAUGGCUCAGCAUGAAGCUGCCGAGUGUAGGAAGACUGCGGCAGAGGCGAUGGGGUUGCAGGCGCUAGUGAAGGCCUUUCGAGGCGCCACCAACUCAUGGAAGGGCAAGUCACCCUACACCUCGCCUGGAGGAAAUUCGACGUUGGCCACGAGCCUCGCGCUCGUCCUCGUCUUCCUCGUCUCCAUGUGGCUGUUCACUUCGCCGGCAAAGAGUCCCGCCAACGGAUUGCAGCGCAUUGCGGAAGACGCGGUUUACACGGCGGUGGUAGUCGAGGAGCGGCGGGAAGAGUCCGCGGAGAGGCAGGCGGCGCAGUACGAGGGCGAGAAGGCGCAGGAGGCGCGCGAACAGGCGAAGGUGGCGGCGGAACUGCAGCAAGUGGAGGAGCGGAUUAAGGAGCUGGGCGGUACCGACGCUGCAGACGGCGAUGCUGACGUGGAGCGCAAGAACAGCCGCAAGGAGGGUCCUGCUGACGACAGCAAGGCGGAGCCGCUGCCGAGCCAGGCGGCGGAGUCGAAGGUGGAGCAGGCGCACGCGGAGACCGAGCCCGAUACCCAGGAAAGCAGCACCGCCGAGAACAGCGACGCGACGGGCGAGACUUCCGAGGCAGGCGCAGCGAGCAAGGAGGAGGAGGAAGAGAAGGCGGAGAAGGCGGAGAAGGCGCAAGAGGAGGGGGAGGAAGCUUCCGCGUCGCGACCGACAUCGGUGGCGCCGUAUCCGCUGUGCGUGGAGCAGAGCGACGACUACAUCCCGUGCCUGGACAACGAGAAGGCGCUGCGGCAGCUCAAGAGCACGAGCCACUACGAGCACCGCGAGCGGCACUGCCCCGCCGUGGACGAGGUGCCGCGCUGCGUGCUGCCGCUGCCCGACGGGUACAAGCCGCACAUCACGUGGCCCGAGAGCCGCGACCAGAUCUGGUACAGCAACGUGCCGAAGCCGUCGCUAGCGAAUUACAAGGCGGAUCAGAACUGGGUGAAGGCGGACGGCGACAAGUUCCUCUUCCCGGGCGGCGGCACGCAGUUCAAGUACGGCGCCACGCGCUACAUCGAAUGGGUGCACGACGUGUGUCCGGAGCUGGCGUGGGGCAAGCACGUGCGCGUGGUGCUGGACAUGGGGUGCGGCGUGGCGAGCUUCGGCGCGUACCUGGACGCGUUCGACGUGCGCGUGAUGUCCGUGGCGCCCAAGGACGAGCACGACGCGCAGAUCCAGUUCGCGCUCGAGCGCGGAGUCAGCGCGCUCGUGGGCGUCAUGGGCACGCAGCGCCAGCCUUACCCCGCGAACUCGUUCGACGCGGUGCACUGCGCGCGGUGCCGCGUGCCGUGGCACAUCGAGGGCGGCAAGCUGCUGCUGGAGCUCAACCGGCUGAUUCGCCCCGGGGGGUACUUCGUCUGGUCCGCCACGCCGUUGUGCCUGCACUGCUCCGCUAAGGAACCCGACGACAAGGAGAUCUGGAGCGCGAUGCGCAAGCUGACGAAGAACAUGUGCUGGAAGCGGCUGGCGAAGAAGGUGCACCGCGAGUUCGGCAUCGGCGUGGCCGUGUGGCAGAAGCCCCUCGACAACGAGUGCUACGACGCGCGCCCGCGCAAGACCAUCCCGCCCUUGUGCCCCGACAGCAACCGCGCGGACGCCGCCUGGUACGAGCCGAUGGAGGCGUGUAUGCACCGCAUUCCCGCCGCCAAGGCGCUCACCACGUGGCCCGCGGAGGGGCGCAACCGCCUGGUGACGGCGCCCGCGCGCAUGGCGGAGGUGGCGCGCGGGCUGUUUGGCAAGGCGGGCCCCGCGGACUUUGACGCGGACACGGAGUUCUGGGAGCGCGAGACCAAGCGGUACUCGCGGCACCUCAACAUGGACUGGACCACCGUGCGGAAUGUCAUGGACAUGGACUCGCAUUAUGGCGGAUUUGGUGCGGGCAUUUCUGACAAGCCUCUGUGGACCAUGAACGUGGUCCCAGCUGGGAACGCGAGUGAGGGGCUGGACACGCUGCCCAUUGUGUUUGACCGCGGGCUGCUGGGCGCGUACCACGACUGGUGCGAGGCCUUCAACACAUACCCGCGCACCUACGACCUGCUGCACGCCGACCGCCUGCUGGGGAAGAUGAUGCGAGGCAGCAGGUGCGACGUGGAGGCGGUGAUGCUAGAGAUGGACCGCAUACUGCGGCCCAUGGGGUACGCCAUCAUCCGGGACACGGCACCGCACCUGCCACGCAUCGAGGCCAUUGCGAAGCAGCUGCACUGGGAGGUGAAGAAGGCGUUCCGGCGCCCUGGUAGCUCGGUCAUCAGCUUCCAGAAGACCAUGUGGCGCCCUGUUGCUGCUUAG